GUCUCAGCGGCCAAUAAUUACCUUAUCCUUCUGCUUUCGACAUCCAAACUACACAGUAGGCACUAUAUAUAUAAAGCCCAUCUAAUCUAAUCUCCCAAAAGUUCAGACACUCCUCUCGAGCUAGACCAUCCCAGCUGGGUUGCCCUUGACAAGCUCACAACACUCUGAACCAAGCACUCGCAUCUUCAAUCUUUGUGCCCAAUGGCUCUCCAGGCAGCUGCUCUUCUUCCAUCUGCUCUCUCUGUGCACAAAGAGGGAAAGUCUAAUGCAUCUCUUAAAGACACAGUGUUCUUUGGGGCUUCUCUCUCAGACCAUCUCAAAUUUGAUUCUAACCCCACAGCGAGAACAAAGAUGGAAUUCAGCCAAGGAAAGUUAUCAAUUGGACCCAUCAGAGCCCAGACAGCAGUUACAACUCCAUCAAUGAACCAGGCUGCACAGGAAGGGAAGAAAACGCUGAGAAAGGGGAAUGUGCUAAUCACUGGAGCCUCAUCAGGUCUGGGACUAGCCACAGCCAAAGCUCUAGCUGAAACAGGGAAGUGGCAUGUAAUAAUGGGCUGCAGAAAUUUUCUGAAGGCAGAGAAAGCUGCCAAGGCGGUUGGCAUUGCUAAGGAGAACUACACUGUGAUGCACCUUGAUCUUGCAUCCCUCGAUAGUGUCCGGCAGUUUGUAGAUAACUUCAGGCGAUCAGGCAAGCCACUUGAUGUGGUAGUCUGCAAUGCAGCCGUCUACCUACCCACAGCUAAGGAGCCUACUUUCACUGCUGAAGGGUUUGAACUCAGUGUUGGGACUAACCACCUUGGACAUUUCCUUCUCUCUCGUUUGCUGUUGGAUGACCUCAAGCAGUCAGACUACCCAUCUAGGCGGCUCAUUAUUGUUGGAUCAAUUACAGGGAACACAAACACCUUGGCUGGGAAUGUCCCCCCUAAAGCUAACCUUGGAGACCUUAGGGGACUUGCAGGAGGCUUGAAUGGAAUCAACAGCUCAAGCAUGAUUGAUGGGGGAGAAUUUGACGGUGCCAAGGCCUACAAGGACAGCAAAGUCUGCAACAUGCUUACCAUGCAGGAAUUCCACAGGCGUUACCAUGAGGAGACUGGAAUUGCAUUUGCCUCCCUCUACCCUGGUUGCAUUGCUACAACUGGUUUAUUUAGAGAGCACAUCCCCUUGUUUAGGCUCCUCUUCCCUCCCUUCCAAAAGUACAUCACAAAGGGCUAUGUCUCAGAAGAAGAAGCAGGCAAAAGGCUUGCACAGGUGGUGAGUGAUCCAAGUCUGACCAAGUCAGGUGUAUACUGGAGCUGGAACAAGGACUCGGCCUCCUUUGAGAACCAGCUCUCACAAGAAGCUAGCAAUGCAGACAAGGCGCGCAAGGUGUGGGAGAUCAGUGAGAAGCUUGUUGGUUUGGCUUGAAUGAGCACCCAAAGAAAUGGUUCUUACUGCUGGCAUAUAUUUGCCAUGGAAUAGGAGAUCAAGAAACAUCUGGGUACAAAAUGAGUUAUCCACCCCCAGGGUUUGGAUGUUUUGCUGUUGUUGUACGUGCAGCCUCCUUGUAUACAAUUAGAAAAUCUUGAGUUACUUGGAGAAAAUAAAAUUAGUUAUUCAUUCUACAAAA